UCACCUAUUCCAACCAAUGGGAGAAGGUCGUACGCGGAAGUGGUCGUGAUAUAAGUCUGUUGACGUGCUUUCCCGCUUGUCACCUCGCGGGUGCAUUUCAAGCUCGUAUGGAAGUUGACAUCAGCAGCAGUCGGUGGCCCGGCCAGUUUUGUGAGGGUUCAGUUGGCAGAGAUGGUGAGACACCACAGCAUGAUGACGGAGUUGCAAGCCUUCAACCACUCACCCCAGUUUCAGGGCAACUCCCUGGCUGCAGGCCAAGUAGGGCAGUGUUAUGAUGAACAGUCACACAAUGGGAUGACUUCAGAGGACAAGCAGCACCUGGUUCAACUCCCAGCAGAAGUUGAGCUCAGCCAGAGCAAGCCUUUGAACAUCCCAUAUACAUCCAAACGAAAGAAGAAGAAAAGAUCAAGAGCGACAGACCGCUGCACUAGCACUUUUGAUGACCUCUACAAGCUAACGGAUGAGGUUCUUGGUCAGGGGGCCUUUGCUAAAGUCCAAGGAUGUGUAAGCCUUCAGAAUGGACGGGAGUAUGCUGUGAAGAUCAUUGAAAAGAACGCAGGACACAGCCGCAGCAGAGUCUUUCGAGAAGUGGAGACUCUCUACCAGUGUCAAGGAAACAAGAACAUUCUGGAAUUGAUUGAGUUCUUUGAAGACCACACUUGCUUUUAUUUGGUGUUUGAAAAGUUGCGAGGAGGCUCCAUUCUUACGCACAUCCAGAACCGGAAGCACUUUGACGAGCUGGAGGCCAGCAAGGUUGUACGCGACAUCGCCCAAGCUCUCAACUUUUUACACACAAAGGUUAUUGCUCACAGAGACCUCAAACUGGAAAAUAUCCUUUGUGAAUACACUGAUCAAGUGUCACCAGUUAAGAUAUGUGACUUUGACCUGGGAAGUGGCGUGAAACUCAGCAGCGCCUGCAUGCCAAUAACCACUCCUGAGCUUACUACGCCGUGCGGCUCCGCAGAAUACAUGGCUCCUGAAGUGGUGGAGGUGUUCACUGAUGAAGCGUCCUUCUACGACAAGCGCUGUGACCUGUGGAGCCUCGGGGUCGUCCUCUACAUCCUGUUAAGUGGCAGCCCCCCUUUUACGGGCCACUGUGGCAGCGACUGCGGGUGGGACCGGGGGGAAAUAUGCCGCACGUGUCAGAGUCACCUGUUCGAGAGCAUUCAGCAGGGCAAGUACGAGUUUCCUGACAAGGACUGGGCUCACAUCUCACACGCAGCCAAGGAUCUCAUCACCAAGCUGUUGGUGCGAGACGCCAUGCUGCGCCUCAGUGCGGCUCAGGUCCUCCUGCACCCUUGGGUCCAGGGGAAUGCACCAGAGAGAGGUCUUCCAACUCCUCAAGCCCUACAGAGGAACAGCAGCACCAAAGACCUGAGCCUGUUUGCAGCAGAAGCCAUCGCCUUCCACAGGCAGCUGUCUCAGCACGAGGAGGACUCAGCCGUGGUUUGUUCCAUGAGGCUCUCUCCUCCGUCCAACUCCAGACUGGCUCGCAGGAGGGCACAGUCCAUCACCCUGCGCACAACAGACCACACUUCUCAGCCUGAAAUGCACAAAACCCUUCUCCCACACCAGACACUUUAAGUUACAUGUAUUCUUACCACAAUUUUAAUUUUCUUACCUUUUAAUUUGUGCUUUUUUUGAAGCCUAUCUCAGCAUGUGAAGUGUUUCCAAUCAUUAACGUUUCUCAAGCUAUGCUCAGAAAACCUUUAGCAGACACAAACUACCUGGAGCACUGCUGUACUUUAAACCUGCUUGACUUUAGAAGGCGUUCACGGUCUGUGUGCGCUCUUCAUUUACCUCUUGAAGAGACCAGAGGAACCUCAAAGUCAGUGAGAUGACCUUUUCUGUCUUCCAACAUUAAAUAUGUCCACUUAUCACAGGUCAUUUAAGAAAUAAUUUUAUACAUAAUGAAAAAGGAUUACUUAUUUUUAUAUGCUUUUUUUUUGUGUCUUGUUCAGUCUGUUUGUUGCGAGUGUGCCAAGAAUGAGAGUAUUAUAUUGUAUCACUUUCCUUUGUCAUAUGUUUGUGUUUCCACCUGGUUGCCAUGGAUACAACAUCUCUACAGCAACAACUCACUGCCUAAAAGUGAGGAAGCAAAUAGCCUUUUAUCAAACAUGUUUAAUCACCAUUAAGUAAAGUGAGAUCAGUAUGCUGUAAAACAGAGGGAGGACAUCCUCCAUUUGUCAUCAUGCAUAAAGUGAGCUCUUUGGAGCAUAUUUUCACUGGUCAAUAAACAAUAUCUUUUUUUA